AUGAGUGUAAAAGUUGCUGUCCGAGUUCGGCCGUUCAAUACAAGAGAAAAAGACCUAGGUGCUCAGCUAUAGAGUCUUUUUUUUUACUGAAAAAAUGACUGUAAAAUAUUUUAAAAAAAAAAUUGGUUUUUUUAAGAAAACCCUCAGUUAUGCAUCAAAAUGGAAGGCCAAACUACAAUCAUCAUUGACCCCAAAACUGGCAAUCCUAGAGAUUUUUCAUUCGAUUAUUCUUUUUGGUCCCAUGACGGCUUCACCGAACGUGAAGACGGCUACCUGUUAAGAGCUGACGAUAGAUACGCUGACCAGAACAUCGUAUAUCAAGAGCUCGGAGAACAAGUUUUAAACAAUGCAUGGGAGGGUUACAAUUGUUGCCUUUUUGCAUAUGGGCAAACUGGAUCUGGAAAAUCUUACUCAAUGGUAGGAUAUGGGGCUAACAAAGGGAUCAUUCCAGUGAGCUCAGAAGAAAUUUUUGUAAGAAUUGAUAGAAAUCAUGACCCAAAUUUGAUGUAUGAAGUUAUGGUCAGCAUGCUUGAAAUUUAUAAUGAAAAGGUGCAGGAUUUGCUUAUACCAGUAGCUCAGAGGCCACAAGGAGGGUUAUGCUAGGGAAAUUGAAUAGAUAUAAAUAAUGAUUUUUAAUGAAAUAUGGAGAAUUGAGGAAAAAGUGCAUAAAAAUCAGAGAAAGCAAAGCAACUGGCGUUUUCGUAGAAAAUUUGUCAAAACACCCUGUUACUUCGUAUGCGGAAAUUGAAAAGCUGAUGGAGAAAGGGAAUACAAAUAGGUCGAUUGGGUCUACGCAGAUGAACGCCACAAGCAGUAGAGCUCAUACGAUUUUUACGAUAGAGUUUAAGCAGAUUAUAGUUAAAGGGGACACAAAAACGACAAAAGCUUCUGUGAUUAAUUUAGUCGAUCUUGCAGGCAGUGAAAAAGCUGGACAAACAGGAGCUACAGGAGAAAGACUUAAAGAAGGAUGCGCUAUCAAUAAAUCUUUGGUCGUCUUAGGCUCAGUUAUAGAAGCUCUUGCUGAGAAAUCUCAAGGAAAAGACAAAAAAGGCAUCGUUAUCCCUUACAGAGACUCAGCUUUGACUAGAAUUCUUCAAAACGCCUUAGGAGGAAACAGCAAAACUGUCAUGGUCUGUGCUCUUUCCCCUGCAACUGUAAAUUAUGAAGAAACUUUGUCAACCCUCAGAUAUGCAGACAGAGCUAAAAAAAUCAAAAACCAUGCUGUCGUCAAUGAGUCUCCAGAAGAAAAAAUUAUUAGGGAGCUUACACAAGAAAAUGAUGAACUUAAGCGGCUUAUAGACCAAGCUGGAGGAAUUGAAAAACUAAGGGAACUCAGAGAACAAUUGGAAGCCAAUGAAAGAUUUUCUUCAGCACAAAGGAUCAGCUGGCAGCAACAAAGAGAAGCAGUCCAAGACGAUUUUGAGCCUGAAAUUGAUAGAUCUGGGCCUCAUAUUACGAAUAUUAAUGAAGACCAUUUAUUGUCUGGAAAAGUUGUAUAUAAUUUUGAUAAUGUACCAAUCGUCGUGGGGAGAAAAACUGGAAACCCAAAGCCUGAUAUUUUAAUAUCAAAUUCUAGUGUAAGGCCAAGACAUUGCACUUUUGACAAAGACGAAGACGGGAAUAUUACUUUGCAGCCAAUUGACCCUAGUUGCAGUGAAUAUUUAUUUGUAAACGGCAAUAAAGUGUUUGAAAAAAUAAUACUCAAACAUUUAGACAGGAUAAUUAUAGGCACCAAUCAGAUUUAUUUAUUUAAAAUCCCUGGGGAAGAAGCUGAUAUAAAAGAAAAUGAUAUUGAUUAUGAAUUCGCGAUUGAAGAAAAAAGCAAUGCCCAGCAGAUUGAUAUUGAAAAAGAAAUGCCCCAGAUGCCUCAGCAACUUCCUACACCUAUACAAACUAAGACUGCACCAGUACCUGUAGCGCAGGAAGAACCUAAAAAUGAUGUCAUUGGAAAUGAGCCAGGAAAUAAUUAUAUCCCUGAAAGCCAAGUAAAUCAUGAAAACCACCCAGAAAAUCAAGAAAACCAUGAAAGCCAUGAAAAUCACGAGAGCCAUGAAAAUCAUCAUCCUGAGCACGCUCCAGAAGUAGCUCAUGAGCCUGAGCCAGUAAAUAAGAAACGUCAGCUUCACUCAAGGCUAGCCAAGCUUUUCCCUCUGGUAAAUGAAGCCAAUUUAAUCGCAACUGACCUCAACCGUCAUGUAAAAUUCAAUGUAAAAAUUAUCAAUAUUCUCCCUGAUGAAGUUGAAAAAGAAGAAGACCUAGAGCCAGACUACUGGGAAAAAGAGCUUAAGGUUGAAGUCCAAAACCAAGAUUAUGGAUUAAUUUGGCUGUGGGAUGUAGAAAAGUUUGAAGACAGGCUGUGCAUGUUGAGAGAAAUGCUGGAUGAGCAGACCGACCCUUCACCUGAAGAAGAUCCACUCUGGGAUCCACCAGAAGAAAAUUUAUUAGGAAAAGGAUAUUAUACUUAAUUUAUAUAAUUUUUAUUAAAAUUUGAUUUAUAUAUCAAUUUAUAAAUAUUCAAGUAAAUACAGAUUAUUCAUUAAAACCGCUUGGCUUGCUUUUUGAUAAUCCUUUCAACAUAUUAAUCAUCAGCACAAGUGGAGGAGAUGCAGGAUUAUUGAAAAUGAACAUCGUCCCUACAGACGAAGAUGGCCAAAUGCUAGAUGAAGGCCCAGAAUCGCCUGAAGAAUUAGUAGGAUCACUUAUAAAUUUCCGUGUAGAAAUUCAAGAAGCCUGAAAUAUUCCUUUAUCCCAUGCAAACAAUGUAUACUGUGAAUAUCAUUUUCCAGGCCUUGGAAUUCGUAGGACAAAUGUGUUCCCAGGAUACUCAGAGCAUCCAACAUUUAGCUAUAAAGAGCAAUUUACUAGUGUUUUGGUAGAUGAUUACUUGUGUAACUAUCACAUUUUCAAUAAAUAUAUCAUAAAGUUUGUUUUAAAUUUAAAAAAAAAAACAAAAUUUUAUUUAAUAGAGGAUAUAUGCAAACUAAAAAAUUAGCAAUUUCUGUAUUCGGGACUGGUAUGGCAAUGAAAGUAGAGACCCAAAAACCAGCCAAAAAGAAGCCAACCUAUGAGAGUGCCCCAGCGCAAACCCCAUGUGUAGAAAAUGUUAUGGAAAACAGAACCAGAGCCACCACUGUAGGAGUUGCCAAUAAUGUAUCACAAGGAAUGGCUAGUCCCAAGAUGGCGACAAAAAAUAUAAAAGCAGCAAAAGAAAAGGCAGUAAAGGGGGAUAAAGGUGGAAAAGAUAAGGAAAAAUGCGCGAUAUUCUAG